CCGCCACCGACAGGACCGCGACUUGACAGCCACUGCAUGCACACAGCGGCCGAUCCCAUGCAGACCGGCCCCACGCAGAACGACCUCGAGUCCACGUACAAUGCGGACAUCUCUUCCUCCGACCUCCUGCUGCGGCAGAAGCCGUACGGCCCGGUCUCAGUGCGGGUCGACCAGCGCUUCUUGGCACCGCGUGCCGUGUCGCUCUCCGUCUCGAUCCACUCGCUGUGCUACGGAGAUCGGAAGGUGCCACUGUGCGAAGUGGAGAGCUGCAACCACGUCGAAGGCGCUCGGCUGCGAGUCAACCUCGCAAACCGCGAGAGGCCAAAGUGGUUCACGUUCAGCUCCGCUGCGGAGGCCGCCGCCUUCUGCGCCGUGACACGUCGCUGCCUCGACCACGCCGCGCCGCCCCACGCCUCGCCGCGCUCCGACAAGAAGCGUGCCGGCCGCGGAGUGCUUGGCGGGCUGCGGGCUCUCCUGCGGGAGAAGACGACGCCGCAGGACGACAUGCUGCUGGCCCGCACGUUCGCCUUCAGCGACGAGUCGACGGGCGGCGGCGGCAGCGCGGCGGCGAGGUCCGCGGCCAGCGCACGGUCGAGGUCCGCAGCAGAGGCGGCGCAGGGGCCUGGCGGCUUUGAGGGGUGCGCCGAAAGGCACCCGCUCGAGCUCGCUCUCUUCGGCGUCCUCCUCCCUCUCCUCUUCGCAGGCUACUGGCUCUCGGACGCGGGGCGCGACUAUUUCGACCGCCGCGGCACUUGGCUGCGCGCCGCGUGCCGCGUCUGGGAGGUGGAGACGUUCGUCUCGCGGCGGUACCACCACGGGAAGUGGGCAGAGGCCCGCAACGCCGAGUACCGCAACGGCGCGAGCCCGAGCGAGAUCUUCAUCCUCGAGCGAGCAUGGAACGUGUCUGUGGUGGCGCCGACGGUCGCUCACGGCCGCGCGAACUCGCACUGGCACAAGAUCCAGCACACCCUCACCGGCGCCGCCCUAGAUCCGUCAGCUCGCUACACGCGCGCGUCCGGCAGGCCCUUCCGGAGCGGCGCGCACCCGCACGAGGAGUGGACGCUGGGCGCCUCCUCCAGCUUCGACACGCCUGCCGCCACGUCGGCGAACGCGACCGAGCCGUAUACACCGAUCUGGGACGCGAUCGCCCGCGAGUCGCUCGGGGGCGGCACGGUGCACGACUGCCGCGGCGAGGUGGGCGAGGAGCUCGAGGAGGUCCGGAGCCGCUGCGACGCAGAUCCGAGCUGGGCGCCGCUGCACGACUACAACUCGACGAUACCUUGCUUUGCCCACGCAGCCGGCGACCCGACGGUCUACUUCACCGUCGAGGAGCCGUGGAACUUUUACCUCGACUUGUUCAUCGCCGUGGGCUGCAUGUUCAUCGUCGCGCGCGCGCUGUACGCCUUGCUCCACCGUCGGAAGGGCGCGCGCGGCCCGCCCAAGCGAGGAGGCUCCGCCCGAGGACUGGCUCGCCAGCAUGCGCAGCAUGUCCGCGGAGUUCCGGGAGACGAUGUAGAUGGCUUGCGAUGUAGAUCACGCAACUCGCAAGUCGUGGUAGUGCAGGCUGCAGCCCAUCUAGAGUUGCGGGAUUGCGGGAAGCACGUGCACAUGAUAUCCUUCGUGCCGUUUGCGCCGCGCGCGCUCUGUGCGGUGUGUUUGUGCCGUUUUUUCAUGCCACGUACGUACACCGAAGACCGAUCCUCCCCCGCGACCCUGGUUUUCCCUUUGGCCCCCCCCCCCCCCCACCACCACCACCACGCUCUCUAUCUCCUAUCUCCUCGAGAUGCGGCGCCGCUCGCCGGGGCGCGUCCCCUCCCCUCUGGCGCCGAGGUCGCGAUCAAAGUCGUCGAUUGCUGCCGCGACGUCCUCAAGGCGCGUCGCACUCGCCUCCGCUAGCUGCGCCGCCAGGUCGGAGAGGCCGCCAUGGCCCUCGUCCUUGCCGCGGCGGAGGGCGAGCAAGCGCUCGGCCUGCGCCGACGCGAGCGAGCUGCCAAAGCGAACGCCUGUGCGCGCGAGCGCAGUGCGGCGUGCGGAGGCCUCAGUCGCGAGCCACCGCAGCUGCUCCACUCGCGACUGCAGCCCCGCGGCGCGCUCGCCAGGACUGGAGGGCGCCAAGCCGCCGCCGCGAGCCAACGCCGUCGGCACGAUCACGCCGGUGCUCGCGGCAAGCUUGCUCCCCUCCGCAGGCUUGCUCCCCGCCGCCGUGCCGCCCCCUCCCGCGCCGGCCGCGCCGGCGAUGCGAGCGAGGACCCGCAGGUUCUCGAGCUUGCGCUCAUCUCGCUGGCUGACGGCCUGCAGCUCGAGGGCGGCACUCGCGAGCUCGAG